UCAGAAAUUGAACGACCCACGCGCCCCGGAUGUCUCACAACCACGGAACUGCCGCAUCCAUCUGAGACAAGAGAUCCUCCGCAUCCUACCCUUCACCCCCAUGUCGUCCCCAGCCCAGAAAUUCAUCAACGAGGCUCUCGGUGCAUUCGACCUCGCGGUCUGCGGCGCACUCGUCCUGCAGGGCGUCCUGUGCGCGCAGUUCGCGCGGUACGCAGCGAACGGCUACCACCGCACAGAUCUGCCGUUCCUGCGCGCGUGGGUCGCCGGCCUGCUCGUUCUCACGCUCGGGAAGAACGUGUACGGCAUGGUUCUGAUCCAGGUCAAGAACACGGUGCAUUAUGGGAACCUGCCGGUGGCACUCGCGGAUUGGGAGUCCAUUAAAUACGACACCAACUUUUUCCUCAACCUCGUCGUCACGUUCUACGCGCAGCUGUUCUUCUGCUGGCGCCUGUGGCUCUGGCUGUCACUGGCGAUGGCCCUCCUCUUCGUGGUCGCGCUCAUCUGCGGGGUGUUCACCGUCCCCUCGGGCGGCAUGCGAGAUCCCGUGCGGUGGAACGCCGCGACGUUCAGCCUCUACUUCGUCGCGGACUCGGCGCUCUGUGGGUCGACGAUAUUCUUCCUCCUCGUCAGUCGCUCUGCGCGUCUCCACCGUCUCCCCCAAGGCUCACUCCCACCGCAGUCACGCUCGGACCAAGCCUUCCGCAGCACCGCGAGCACGCUGCACCGCAUCGCCGCCGUGACGAUCCAGUCCGCGGCGCCCGCGGCGCUCUGCGCACUCGUCGUCCUCGCGUCCUCACAGGCCGCGCCGAACUACUACUCCGGCAGCGCGGCGCUGGCGGUGACGCUCGUCGCGACCAACGUCCUGCCGAUGGUAUACGCGUUCGCGGCGCUGUGGACGCUCAACGCGCGCCGCGCCAUCCGUGACGCGAUGCUCCGCGAUCGGGACGGCCAGGCGGAGACACUCACGGGCGGGUCACGUGGGGAGGCGUCGUGGAGGCGCAGUUUGACGACGAGGACGGGGACGGAAGCUCACGUUGUGUGA